AUGGCCCAGCCUGCAGACAAGCCCGACGCAACUUCGAGCGACACCCAGCCGUCCAGCGGUCCGUCAACACAGGCAGAGAUGGCCAGGGCCUUCAAAGACCUUGCCAGAGGUGAGCAACAGGCCGCUGCCAUCGAGCGCAACCUCGCGAAUCUGGAGAGCAAACUUGAUGCUCUCCUCGCAUCAGUCGAAGCCGAAACGGGCGCCCCUGGCGCAGGGGAUGGGGAAGAAGCUCGAGCCGAUCCGGAGGGAGGACAGCCUGAGCAGAAGCAAUAG